GUUCGUGAAUAUUAUAAUAACUGGAUGAAUCGGGAUGAUUUGGUAUAUACUGCAAUAGGUCGGAUUAAGAAACCUAGCUAUGCUACAUUAGCAGAAUGGGUUAGUUAUGCAUGGUCAGAUGUAGAUUCAGGUUUAAUAGCUCGAUCAUUUAAAUGUUGUGGAAUUUCAGUCACUAGAGAUAAAUCCAAAGAUGAUCAAAUUUUUGAUUAUGAUCGUUUAUUAAAUAUUGAUGAUGAUAAUAUUACAGAUGAGGAAGAAAAUAUUUUUAGUAAUGAUAACUUUGAUAUUAAUGAAGAAUUAAACUAUGAAGAACAACCGGAAUAUGAUAUUGAUUGGAAAUAA